AUGUCUUCCCAGCAGCAGCAGCAGCAGUGCCCACCCCCGAAGGCCCAGCAGCAGCAGGUGAAGCAGCCCUGUCAGCCACCCCCAGUCAAAUGCCAAGAGACGUGUGUACCCAAAACCAAGGAUCCAUGUGCGCCCCAGGCCAAGAAGCAAUGCCCACCCAAGGGCACAGCCAUUCCAGCCCAGCAGAAGUGUCCCUCAGCCCAGCAAGCCCCCAAGAGUAAACAGAAGUGA